AUGACGGGCCUUGCAGGUUUAUCUGAUGCGCAUGUAGUCCUCUUAGCCGUGCAGCUCUGUCUGAAUGGCGAUAUAUCGGGACUGCCCUCUCUCAAAUACCAAGCUCCGCAUACCCUCUACUUGGAACUCCUCUUUCGAAUAAUCUUGACAUUCCUACCUGAGAUUAUAGAACCUGAGCAGUAUACUCCUGUUAUCCAGCAGCUUGUCGAUGGUUCUGCGCCUUCGACCUGCGACUUAGAUACGGAUGUUGCCUCUAUUCGAGAGAAAUCCGAAUCCGAUGCUCGACGACAAGUCCGACACUUGAGACUACUCCCCCUCCGCUGCCCUGCAGUUACUAUCGAUGCCGACUCACCGCCGCUUAUCCAGUUCCUCAUCCAUCGGGCGCAUAGAAUCGAUGCCGAAGUAGGCCUGCAGCUGUACAUCCUGGAACUAGUCGACCCGUUCAUGUCAGCGUCCGACAUUCUUCGUGACUGGACCAUCUCUAUCGUCUUGCCUGCGCUCCGAUUCAACUACGAGUACCAUCCUGACAAUGAAGGUGCCUUGUCGUUGGAGCUUAUAGAAUCACUGGACUCGAGAUCCGCUGUGAAUAUUCUGCUAUCCGCAGUUGAACGUCAUGAGAAGGGCGGAGACGUUGGUCGAGAUUUAAAGGGCCUGAUUGGGCCAUGGAUGUACGGACACGUCAGGUCGAAACGACGGAAGCUAGAUGAGGACAGCGCAGACGUCAGUAUUGCCUUAGUUGACGAAGGAUGGCAAGACGUGAAUGAGUGGAUAUUGUCGACAAGCAUUCGAGACUUUCACCUCGCCAUCGAAGCAGUAGAGCAAUGGUCCGGACCGGAGGAUAUAAACCUCGGUGACUACGAUGGUGUGCAAUGCGAAGAGCCAUCCGCCGAUACAGAGAGACUGGUAAAUCGUUACGCGCAAGCUGGUCUUGCGUCGAUAUACGCACUUUCCGAGGGCGGUUAUGGGCUUAUAUCCGGCGCCUCACGUAUAUUAUCGAGGGUUGCAGAUUUUAUCCACUUCAACGAUCAGCUACAAAUCAGCAACACCAGUCUUCAUCCUGUCUCCUUGGACAUCUCAACAUUACAGAACGUUUCGCCGCAACAUUUCCUACACAACGUACUACUGAACCCUUCGAACCCUCUUACAUAUCCCACGAAGCAGUCGGUAUCCUUCACCGACGCCAUCCUGGUGUCAAUCCGCAUACUUGACAAGUAUGGCCGUUGGAUGUCACCUCGAGCCGCGGCGGAGUUGAUGCUAUUAGGACACGCCGAUGCACAGUUAUUUGAACUACGAAAGUUACUUGAAACUCUCAAUCACCAACACCCCCCGCAAAAGGACUGGAGCCAGAUUAGGGACAGCUUACUCUGGCUACACAGCUGGGGAGGCAGCACCAAGUCAAAAACACCACGAGGUCUAUUUUGGCGAGUUCAGCCUCAGAAGCUAGAACGAGAAAUUUUGACUGCUUUCUUGAUGGCCAAGGCUAACAAAUACCUUUCGAAAGAAUACAACCUUGCGGUAGAGGUAUAUCUCAAUUCGUCUGGUUCAGCGCCACUUUCUAGAGACGACGUCGAAUCAGCCGUGACUGAAACGAUAUUUGCUUCAUACGACAAUGCAACCAAUGGCAACAAGACUAGAGGUGGAAUGAGGCGUGCAGCUGAUAUACUUGAUGCAUUCGCUCCCUACUUUCCACAGUCUCUCGCGUUCCAACAGAUUAGCUCCUUGUUAUCAGCAACGCACGCUCUGUCGUUUUACUCCCUAACACUUCAGCAUGGCGUACCAUUCCAGCCCGUCAGCAUCCGCGUGCAUCAAGACCCAAUUUCAUUAAUUGAGAAGGUUCUAGAGCAGAACCCAAAGGGGUAUACGCAACUCGACGAUCUAUUGGCCAUCGGUCGAAACCUGGUCUCAGCCGGUCUCCCAUCGGGGCAAAAUGACUCCGAUUCCAAAGGCCACGAUGAAGCCACGGUAUCGGCGGAACGUCGUAUCAUGUCACUCGCGAUAGCAGCGGCUGUGAAUGCGUCCGACUUCGACACAGCAUACUCCUACGUAGUCACACGUGUGAUACCUCCGUCCCUGGUCCCCGGCGGUGACAGUUCGACAGAUUCAGCCGCCACAGAGGACGACAUCUCAUGGCGCGCGGCCUACAACACUGGUCGUCAUCGCCCCACCGUCAAAGAAUCCCAAGACACCACGCUUGGAUCAAGCAUAGCACGUCUGUCACAGCGCAUGGAGCUGCUAUCCCUUGCCCUGAUCCUCGCUCCGUCCCCUGAAUAUCUACCUGAGAUCCUCGCUGUCUGGCGCCGAUGUGACGAGGAGAUGUCUUCCCUGCAGGAACAGGAGAUACAGGAAGCCGAGAGCUGGGACCAUCAGGGCGACAAGGGCCGCAUGGGCGCCAGUGCCCUCCCCGGUGGCUUCGGCCCGUCCGGCAGCGAGCUCGAUGCUCUGGAUACGGAGUGGGAGCGCGAGCGACGGGCGCGUUCCACACGCCAACCGCAGAGACCUAAACUAAGCGGAUACGAAGAGGCACCCAUGGGACUGUUCGACGUUGCUCGAGGUGCAGCAUCAGCCUUGCGCAAGAAUGCUUUCCCACUGACUGCGUCUAACCCGACGACGACGACGACGAGCUCAAGUGAAGUGACCUCCGGAGCAGACGGCGAGACCACACGCACGAGGAAGAGGGAUGUCGUCAGUAACUUGGUGACGGGCGGCCUGGUCAGCGGUAUUGGAUGGGUUAUCGGAGCCCCGGCCACUGGCUCGAGUCAUCCUGGAAGCCCAGAGUGA